AUGUUAUGGGCCUUUCGACUAUUGGCAGUGGCUGUUGUUAUAGAAAAUUCGAAUACCGAAACACUACUCCGUCAAUUAUUCAAUCAAACGUAUGAUGUUGAUAUGAAACCAUCUGAUGAUCUGACGAUGGUUACGAUUACUCCGAACACAUUUAUUUUGUUAUCCAUGGAUCAGACACAAGAAACUAUCCAAUAUUCGGAGGAAUUCCUCUUGAAAUGGUUUGACCCAAUCCUCUCCUGGAAUAGGUCUGCAGUUGCUUAUGACAAGGAAUGGUUGAAAAUAGAAGCGAGUCGAGUAUGGCUUCCUGAUGUAAUCAUUACAAACAGUAUUUCAAUAGAUGAAUUGCUUGAUAAGGAUCUACAAAUGGCUGAUCUCCGAUAUAACGGAGAAAUCAGAACAAGUCUUCCAGCAGUCGUAAGUUCUCCGUGUCCACUUCGAAUUGAAAACUUUCCAUAUGAUGUUCAAAAGUGUAAUAUUUCAAUGGGAUCGUGGAGUUUUGACCGAGAUUUUGUUGCUGUUAACUCAUCAGUUGAUGUAUUGUGGCCACAAAAGGGUAGGAUUGAGGGAAACAGCGAAUGGGAAUUACUGUCAAUAACUAUGGUAAGAUCUGACAAUUAUGAUACUUUGAUGGAAAGUUGGUUCUCUGAAGUCACAUAUAUAGUGACUCUGAAACGAAAACCAGUCUAUUAUGUUCUUGUCGAACUGUGCUUGAAUAUGUUUGCUGCAAUCUCAAUGAUGCUCCAACUUGUUUCCGAUAUGAUGCCAAAAGCCUCUCGUCUUCCUUUACUAGGAAACUACAUUAUCGCCGAAGUGUUCGUCGUCACCGCGGCAACGAUAGCUGCCAUUCUCAUUCAGCAAGUCCACCAUCAUGUGCACACAAGUGCAAUACGACCCCCGAAUUGGUUACGUCGUUUUGUGCUCUGUGAUUGCAGAAGGAGAAGAAAUUCAGUUUCCGAAGUGAGCACUACAAGUAGUGUUGAAGUUCCUGAGCAAGCGAUCCAAUCAUUCACCAUUCUGAAAACUUCUCUGCACCAAACCGCAAUCCUAGUUCGUGACACUCUACAACGCAUGUCAUCUGUCAGCGAAAACCAACUGUUGUGGCUGAAAAUUCUGGACAAAACAGAUCUUUUGUGUCUUUUCCUUUUUCAAAUGGCUAAUGUCGUUGUUACAGUAAUCUAUUGGAGAUGA